AUGGUCAUCGUCGACCACCACGAGUAUCUCUGCGAAGAAGAGAAGCGCCUCAAAGAAGAUCGUGAACGGACCAAAUACUGGAAGAAAUGGGGAUGCUAUGUCGCCGAAAGGCAAUGGGCAACAGUGAGAGAAGAUUACUCGGAUAACGGUGAUGCCUGGAGCCAUUUCUCCCACGAUGAUGCUCGAUCAAGAGCUUAUCGCUGGGGUGAGGACGGUAUUGCUGGUGUCUCUGACACCCACGGCUUGCAGAACGUGGCCUUUGCCUUCUGGAACGAGCAGGAUGACUUCUUGAAGGAGCGUCUUUUCGGCUUGAGCAAUCCUCAAGGCAACCAUGGCGAGAGUGUCAAGGAGGCGCAUUUUCACUUGGAUAACACACCUACACAUUCAUACAUGAAAUUCUUGUACAAGCUACCCCAACGGAAGUUCCCCUACGAGAAACUCAUCGACGAGAACGCACGCCGAAGUCGCAACGAGAAAGAGUACAAUCUGAUUGACACCGAUGCCUUCAAAGAUGAUCGCUAUUUUGACAUCUUCAUCGAAACUGCGAAAGAUACGGAUGACCCAGAAGAGCUGUUGUUCCGUGUGACGGCGUACAAUCGUGGCCCGGAGCCUGCUCCUCUUCACAUUAUACCACAUAUGUGGUUCAGGAAUACCUGGACUUGGGGACAUGAAGAUCCCAAGAAGAAGCCGCAGAUACGACUGGUGGGACCUAUGACAGCCCAGUCAAAGCAUCACAGUCUUGGGACGAGGUUCUUCCAGCUAUCUCCCUCGCCCGGUUGUGGUCCAGAUGCGGAGGAUAUACAGCCCCAAGUUAUGUUCACCGAGAAUGACACGAACACAGAGCGUCUAUAUGGCCAGAAGAACAAGCAACCUUAUGUGAAGGAUGCUUUCCACCGCUGGAUCGUUGACGAGGAGAAAGGAGCGAUCAAUCCUCGAUGUACUGGUACAAAGUGUGCGGCUUGGUACGACUUUGGACGUGGCGAUGGUGUUCCGCCUGGAGAAUGUGCUGUGGUACGUUUCCGCCUGUCGAAGAAAUUCGAUGGCUACCUCAACGAAGAGCUCCUCGAUGACAUAAUGGAGCUGCGGAGACAAGAAGCCGACGACUUUUACUACAGGAUAAGUCCGUUGCCAAUGGCGGAAGACCUGCGCAACAUCCAACGACAAGCCUUUUCAGGCAUGUUGUGGUGCAAACAGCACUACUAUUUCAUUUGGGACCAGUGGGCAAAAGGCGACCCAAACACGCCUCCUCCGCCAGCAAACCGCAUGAACGUGCGCAAUUCGCAGUGGAAACACAUGUUCCUGGAUGACAUCCUGUCAAUGCCGGACUCGUGGGAGUACCCAUUCUUUGCAGCCUGGGAUACAGCUUUCCACUGCAUACCGCUGGCUAUGAUUGACCCCGAAUUUGCAAAGAAGCAGCUGGAUCUGAUGACUAGAGAGUGGUACAUGCAUCCCAACGGGCAGCUGCCAGCUUACGAGUGGAACUUCGGCGAUGUCAAUCCACCAGUCCAUGCCUGGUCCGUUUUCCGCACCUUCAAGAUCGAGCGGAAGAUGUACGGCCGACAAGAUCUCGACUUCCUGGAACGAGUCUUCCAGAAGCUCCUUCUCAACUUCACCUGGUGGGUCAACCGGAAGGACUUUGACGGCAAGAACGUCUUCGAGGGUGGUUUCCUAGGUCUGGACAAUAUCGGCCUCUUUAACAGGUCAGAGCCACUGCCAACCGGAGGUGUGCUAGAACAGGCUGAUUCAACUGGUUGGAUGGCAUUCUACUGCUUAUGCAUGUUGAAUAUCGCACUGGAGCUCGCCAAGCAUCGUCGCACAUAUGAGGACAUUGCGUCUAAGUUCUUCGAGCACUUCAUCCUGAUCUCAGAUGCUAUGUCGUUCCGCUCGGACGGCAAGGAGCGCAGCCUGUGGAACGAGGAAGAUGGCUUCUACUAUGAUGCCAUCUCAUGGGGCGGACCAUGGACACAGCAAUUGCCAGUGCGAUCGCUCGUCGGUUUGAUCCCGCUGUACGCCGUCCUAACUCUUGAACCAGAACUCAUCGACAAGUUCCCGAACUUCAAACGUCGGAUGGAGUGGUUCAUCACGAAUCGUACUGAUGUUGCAGAGCGGAACAUCGCUAGCAUGCGGAAACGCGGCAAAGGAGAGCGUCUUCUAUUGUCCCUCGUUAGCAAGGACCGUCUGGAAAAGAUCUUGCAGAAGAUGCUGGACGAGACUGAGUUCCUAGCUGAGCACGGCAUCCGAUCUCUGUCAAAACAUCACGAUGGGAAGCCAUACAAGAUGGAUGUCAAUGGCCAGGAGUUCAAGGUCGAGUAUGUGCCCGGAGAUUCUGACUCGGGCAUGUUUGGCGGCAACUCCAACUGGCGUGGGCCUAUCUGGAUUGCUGUGAACUUCCUUCUCGUCGAAUCCCUCCUUCGAUUCUACAUGUUUUACGGCAACUCCUUGCAGAUCGAAUGUCCCACUGGCUCAGGCGACUAUAUGCAUCUAGGUCAUGUGGCUGAAGAGAUUCAGCAUCGCCUGCAGCAUCUCAUGGCUCGCGACGAUGAGGGCCGCCGUGCUAUCAAUGCCGGCAACGACAGCCUGGACUUCGACCCUCACUGGAAAGACUAUCUCCACUUCUAUGAGUUCUUCGAUGGCAACACCGGCCGCGGCCUCGGCGCCUCGCAUCAAUGCGGCUGGACCGGUCUCAUGGCCAAGAUGAUCCACGAUACAGGCGUCAACUGUCGCCUGCCUCAGACACCUCGCACGCCAGGCACGGCUGCCCACCACUACUUCGACGACAUCCUCAGCCGCAACCCAACGGGAAAGCCCAAAUCCAGCGCCAGCAGACCAGGCACUCCUGGACCAGGCCGUAUGCGCCGCUCAAGCACGUCGCGCUCCAUUGGCAAUCGUGCUAGCUUCACGACCAGCGUCAAUGGGGACACCGAAAACGGUGACCACUCUCCUGCGCACAAGCGCAAGGGCAGUGGCGCCAGCGGCUAUUUCGGCUCCAACCCUGGCGGUGGUGCGAGUGUCAUUAGUGAUGACGAGUUUGGUGAAGAAGGCGCGUUGGGUCUGAGCAGGCAAAAGACUGCAGCGGAGUCGGAAGCAGAUGAGCAUCUGGAGAAUCAUGUGCGCAAUGAGCUGAGCAGACUCAAGACUGGUGAUGAGCUUCAUGGCUUCGAGCAAGAGUUCCAUGUGGCGGCGGAUGAGUACGAGGAUAUGCUGGACUAG